GGCAAUAUUGCACACAUCGAAGCACUUUGCGGACCCUUGUUGCUGAACAAACAAAUAACAUACAAUUGUUGUUAUUACUAAAAUACAGUGAGUGUGUACUGAGAGUAUGGCCCUGUGGACUGUAUGGACACUCGUCAUAUGUGGAGUCCUGACCUGGCAAGGGUUAAAUGCUCAGGACUGUGGUAUAGCUCCUCUGAACACAAAGAUAGUGGGUGGUGUGAAUGCUUCAGCUGGGUCUUGGCCAUGGCAGGUCAGCAUGCACAUUGGAGUCGGUUCGACUACACAGCACAUCUGUGGAGGGACCCUCAUCAAUGAUCAGUGGGUCCUCACGGCAGCUCAUUGCAUUUUGACAACUGAGACCAGUUUUUGGACUCUCUACAUGGGAAGAGAGACUCAGAGUGGCCCUAACAAUAAUGAGGUGAGCCGUUCUGUGUCCCAGAUCAUUGUUCAUCCAGACUACAACGACACCUUGUUCAACAACGACAUUACCCUCAUGAAGCUGAGCAGUCCUGUUGAUUUCACGGAUUUCAUCAGACCCAUCUGCCUGGCCAGUAACUCCAGCCAAUUCAACAACGCCACCUCCUGCUGGGCCACUGGCUGGGGUCGACUUGGGGCGGAUCAGCCCAACCAAGCGUUUGAUUCACUACAGGAGGUCCAGAUUCCUGUCAUCGGAAAUAAUCAGUGCACCUGCAGUUACACUGAAAUACCAGAAGCAAACAUUACAGAAAAGAUGAUCUGUGCUGGAGAGGGAGGCAAAGGAAUAUGUCAGGGCGACUCUGGUGGACCUUUGCAGUGCAAACAAAACUCAAGUUGGAUCCAAGCAGGCAUAUCUAGUUUUGGAGUACCUUGUGCACUGCCUGGUUUUCCCGAAGCUUACGCCAGAGUGUCUGAGUUCCAGACUUGGAUCUUGGAUCAAGUGGCUGGGGCCAAUGUAAGCUUUGUGGCUUUCACCUCCAAUGGCACCGAUCCAGACAGCAGCUUUGUGUGUCCGACCUCGGGGGCUUCAACAAUCACAAAUGAGAUGAUGUUGGUUAUCAUCGCGGCAUUGUUCCAGCUGCAUAUUUGGGCUCUGUAG